CCCGGCGGCUGCUGGCACAUCGUGAGCGGAGCCGGCCCGAGCAGCAGUGCGGACUGCAGCACCGCUCCUUCCCUGGCCGCCUCGCGUGGAGAUUCUGCUGCCUUUCUUCUCUUAUUAUUGUUUGUUUUUGUUUUAUUUUUUUUUUUCCCAAUUAAAAAGGGAAGAUCAUUUUUAAAAAAUUUUAAAAAUAUAUAUAUAUAUUUUUUUUUUUUUUUUUUUUUCCAUCGCGGUUCGCGGCGGGGCUCGUCCUCGCUCCCUCCCGGCGCGCAGCGGCUGCGCUGGGGCCGCUCCUGCCGGCUUUGUGCCCUGCAGCCCCGGCCCUCCUCUUCCUCCUCCUCCUCCCCCUCCUGCCGUAAAACCUUCACGAGGCUCGGAGCAGCAUCUGAAAGCGCCGCAGCCGCUCGCCCAAACCACUGACUGCAAAAAAACCCCCUUUUUAUUUAUUUUUUAUUAUAUAUUUCCGCCACCUCCUUCCCCCCCUCCCAUUUUUUUUUUUUUUUCCUCCUCCUCCCUCCCGCAAAGGCAUCAAGGUGGACGCGGAGCGCAAAAAGACCUUUGUUUUAAAAAUGCCCAUGGAGCUGACGCAAAGCCGCAUCCAGAAGAUUUGGCUUCCCAAUGACAACCGCCCGGCUCUGCCCCGCCGCUCUUGUGGGCCUCAGCUUGCCAAUUCCCCCACUGUGAUAGUCAUGGUUGGCCUGCCAGCCCGUGGCAAGACCUACAUCUCCAAGAAGCUGACUCGCUACCUCAACUGGAUCGGUGUCCCCACAAAAGUUUUCAACGUUGGGGAGUAUCGCCGUGAGGCUGUGAAGCAUUACAGCUCCUAUGACUUCUUCCGUCCUGACAAUGAGGAAGCCAUGAAAGUCAGGAGGCAAUGUGCCAUGGCUGCCCUGAGGGAUGUGAAGCUGUACCUGACGGAGGAGGCAGGGCAGAUUGCGGUUUUUGAUGCCACUAAUACCACACGGGAGAGGAGAGGGAUGAUCCUAAACUUUGCCAAAGAGAACGGAUUCAAGGUGUUCUUCAUCGAAUCUGUCUGCAAUGAUCCCAAUGUAGUUGCCACCAACGUUAUGGAAGUCAAAUUGUCCAGCCCAGAUUACCGGGACUGUAAUUCCACCGAUGCCAUGGAGGAUUUCAUGAAGAGGAUCAAUUGUUACCAAGCCAGCUACCAGCCCCUCGACCCUGAUGACUAUGACAGGGAACUUUCUCUCAUCAAAGUCAUCGACGUUGGCCGGCGGUUCCUGGUCAACAGGGUUCAGGAUCACAUCCAGAGCAGGAUUGUUUAUUACCUGAUGAACAUCCACGUCCAGCCCCGCACCAUUUACCUCUGUCGGCACGGGGAGAGCGAGUUCAACCUCAAGGGCAGGAUUGGAGGGGACUCUGGCCUCUCCAACAGGGGCAAGAAGUUUGCAGUUGCACUGAACAAAUUUGUGGAAGAGCAGAACCUGAAGGACCUCAAAGUUUGGACCAGCCAGCUAAAGAGGACAAUCCAAACAGCAGAAGCUCUUCAGCUGCCCUACGAGCAGUGGAAGGCACUCAAUGAAAUUGAUGCUGGUGUGUGUGAAGAAAUGACCUAUGAAGAAAUCAGGGAGCAACAUCCAGAGGAAUUUGCUCUGCGUGAUCAGGAUAAAUAUUACUACCGUUAUCCUUCUGGGGAGUCCUACCAAGACCUGGUGCAGCGCCUGGAGCCGGUCAUCAUGGAGCUGGAGAGGCAAGAGAAUGUCCUUGUCAUCUGCCACCAGGCUGUCAUGCGCUGUCUCCUGGCGUACUUCCUGGACAAGAGUGCAGAUGAAAUGCCCUACCUGAAAUGUCCCCUCCACACGGUGUUGAAGCUGACCCCGGUAGCCUAUGGCUGCCGGGUGGAAUCCAUCUCGCUGAACAUUGAAGCAGUCAACACCCACAGAGAUCGGCCAGAGGAAGCAAAGAAGGGACCUAACCCGCUCAUGAGACGUAAUAGCGUUACCCCUCUAGCAAGCCCAGAGCCCACCAAAAAACCUCGCAUCAACAGCUUUGAGGAGCAUGUGGCUGUUUCUUCUGCCCUGCCAGGCUGUGUUCCUCAGGAAGUGCCCACGCAGAUGCCGGGACAACCUUUACUAGGGAAGGCAUGCCUAAGACCCGUUUGUCACUUUCUCAAAGUUUUCUCUUUGCUAAUAUUUCCAAGAACAUGAACAACUCCCAGAAGCCGUCGUGACUCCGUGGGCACUGUCGCGAGGGCGCUGCCGCCGGCGCCGCCAGCUUCUCAUCCCAUCGCCAUUCCCGAAGCUUGCUUACAAACUGGUCCCCUCUGGCUGCGGCGAGGCCAACCCUCGGCUGGCUCCACUCACGCUGCCCGUUCAUCCGCAAAGUCCUGCUCUGCUGAGGGGGGAGGGAUGCAGGAGAGCGGAGGAGGAGCCCGGCUCCCCCUGGGGUCACCACCAGCUCUUCAGGCUGCAGCGUUUGCUCUCCUCUCCAGCAUCCUGUUAGGUCGUAGCGAGCUGUAAAGUGCUUCUGUAGCGCACAGGAGUUUUAAUUUUCCUCUCUUUCAGUGGUUUUGAUCUUCUGUAUAGAUGAUUGGUACCCAUCCGUCUCUGGGUGGGGUGUGUAUAUAUGUGGAUGGUGCGGGGUUAGCAGAGAAAUAGGGGGAAGGGAGGGGUGGGUAAAGGGGUUUUGCAUUUUUUUAAUUAUUAUUAUUGUUAAUUAAUUUUGAACAAGCCCCUAACAUGCUGUGCUGCAGUCCCUCACCCACACUACAGCCUGUCGCACACGCCAGCCUGGCUCACGCAGAUCUGUGAGCACCAGGAAAGCAGCUCUGUGAGCUCCUUCACUGCAAGAACUUCUGGGUUUAAUAAAAGAAACAAACCCAUUCUUUCACUUUUUUAAAAUCAACAUACCUUAAAGGGGUUUGCAGAGAAUGUAGAUCUGCUGCUAAAACUGGUUGAAAGCUGCCUGCAGUGCAUGAGGAACCACGCCAGCAGGGGCUUGGCUGAUCCUUUCAUCUUGGGGAGCACCCAGGGAUGAUCUGAGUUCAGGCAUGGGUUGAAUUUUGGGGAGGCUGAGCACUGUUUGAAGUGCUGUGCUGGUACUUCAUCUUCCCUUUCCUCUUUUUUAGAUGGAAGUGGAGAUAUUGGGAAGAGUUUGGAUCCCCAGGCUGAGUUAGAUGCAUUUUGUAGCCACAGAGGUUCUCAUGGAGGUGGCCACAGGUCUGGCCAGGUUGCAGGAGUCCCUGUCUGACUGCAAAAAGCCACAAGAAGGGACAGUUUUGUCUGUAUUUUUUAAAUUUUAUAUAUACACACACGUGUGUGUGUAUGUGUAUAUGUAGAAACUGCUUGGUUUUUGCACUUUAUUUGUGGCAGAAGCAUAACUACUUUAGUUUUUCCAAGUUGUGCCCCUUCACAGGGGAAGCCUGAAUACAGGCAGCUUUUUCUGUUUGUUUUUAAUUGUAUUUUGCAUGCUGAAAAGCUGGGACUACAAAAAAAAUAGUAGUUACAGUGUUUGAGGUGGGGGGAACAGGGUGAGGUCCUGACUGACUCCAUCAGCCAACCUCCCCGUGUUUGAUCCAUAAGAUCCCUUUUGGCAGCCUGUCCUGGGCUAGGAGACAGCAGUUAAAAAUGGCAAUUAACCACUAUUGCUUUGUGCAAAAGUCUGUGGAUUUUGAAUAAAUUUUUUUUUUUUUUUUUUUUUUUUUGUGUUGGAUUUUGAGUUUUUUUCCCCACCUACGUGCAGCAUCUUCUCCAUACCCAUCUCAUAUUUUUUUGGCUGGAGGCAGGAGCUGAAGGCAGCCACACCCCUCCUUGCAGCCAGCACUGGGCUGGGGGACUGGAGGUGGAUUCAUCCUUCCCAUGGCUUUCCCCAGUGUCCCGUGUAGGGAAUACCAUCCCCAGAGAUGGGAGCGGAGAGGGUUGGGGGAGAAAUGAUGACUAUUUUUUUUUUUGUGAGUGUGUGGAUGUUUGGGGGGUGGGUUUGGUCUGUUUUUCCUUUGGGAAAAGGCGAACCACAGUGCCUCGCGCUUCGGCCUCGUGCUCGGAGUGGCACCGACGGCGGGAGGGCGCCGGGGCCACGCUCAGCCCGUGUCCCACGGGGGUGGCAGUCCUGGCAGUGCCCUGCCUGUGUGAGCUUGUGCAUAUGUGUAUCAUAUUCCUGUACAGAUAAAACAAAGAACACUUCCCCCCGCCCCGGCUUUGUUUCUUUUUUAAUAGCCUCAUUAAAAGCAGACUUCUCCCUGUGCUUUUGGUUUCUCUGCCUUUCAGAUGAAUGAAUGUUUUGGGGAGGCCACUCACUUGGCUCUUUUCAGCCUCCUUCAGGGGGAGUUUUAUCUCUCUCAUCCUCCUGCUGCAAAAAGAUAAGCCAGCAAAUACAAACAUGACGUCUGGCUGCCCCAAGAUCAAUCCUGUACACGUGUAAUUGCGUGGAUGUUUUGGUGUGUAUUUGUGUGUGUGUGUGUGUAUAUAUAUAAAUACAUAUGUAUAAAACAGAAAAAAACCCCCAUACUGGCCCUAAACUUUCUUCCUUUAUUAGUAAUAGAGGUCUCAGUAGGUCUACACAAACCUGAAAUUUGAACAUGGUGUUUUUACCAGUAAUGGGAAAACUGGUCUCUUGCGUUCCUCUCGUGCUGGAGGGGUGGUGGGAUGGUGUCAGCCCUGUGCCAUCACACUGCCCCAAAACCUUGCUGUCCAUUGUUUCUGGUUAACAGAGCCAAAGACUGGGCAGGGAUGCUACAGCCAAGGCAGGGUGGGAGAGAGGACACGUCAAACCACACCAAUGAUUUAUUUUCCCCCCUCUUUUUUUUUUUUUUCCCUCCCAGUUUGUUUUCCUUUGUGAUACUUGAAUUUAUUUUUUUAAUUUUUUGUUUUUAUAGCAAAGCGCUCUUUAUUUAUUUAAUGUACACUGCAAAGCUUGGAGAGAAGGGUGUAGUUACUUGGGAUUACUUUUUCUUUGUUUCUGAUUUGUGGGAUGUUAACUGUUCUGUAUAUACAUCUGGAAUAACUGCCUGAUGUAAAGCUGUGCCAGCUUAAAAACAGGGUAUGCCUUUCAGAAAUUUGUAUAUUUUGCAGUUGCUGGACCAAUAAACUAUCUUGUUGAAAUACA